AUGCCCACCUGCAGGCGCAAACGUGUCCUCCUCACAGAGCCCUCCCCCGCCCUUCUAGAUGCCCUCAAGAACGACCCCAACCACGAAGUCUUCUACCUAGAGGAGACCGGCGAGAUCUUUGACAACUAUGAGGCCUACGCCGCUCGGAUGUCCUUCUAUCGCAUGAAGCAGUUCCAAUGCGAGGUAACCGGCAAGAGUGGCCUCGACUACUUUCAGGCGUUGGAGAGUGAGCGGCAAGAGGCGCGAACUAUGCACUCGAGGUUCCCGGACCAGCUGAAGGCUGCUGUCCUCAAAGCAGUCCAGUGGCAGGUUAUGGGGCGCCUUGACCACCUCGUUGAGGCCGUGUAUGACCGUUUCAAGGACCGAUACUACCCUGACGAGAAGGUGUACAUUGAUAUCAAGGGUGACAAGUACCUUGCUCGUGUCAGUCAAGUGUUCUCGCCCAAGGCACCCGCUUCAGCACGCAGUCCUGUCCCUGUGGCGUCUACGUCCACCGCCUCAUCACCACUCUCGGACGAGCCUGUAGCAAUCCACAAGGUUGCGGAGGACCUCAAGGUCUCGGUGAAGGACUCGAUAGCUCUCGACGACCCAUCCAAGUACGUCUACCAAGUGCAAGUGCUCGACGAAGAGAAGCAGCCCGGGUUUGGUAAGAGUCACGAGAAGACCAAGGGCAAGGAGGCGAGCCGUGGUCAAUGGAGCAACGCACAGUUGGAUGUUCGAUGCAACAUCAUGAGCCGUGACCGCCUCGCGUUCUCCAAGUCAAUACUCCGCCGCUUCAUCCGUGACUGCGUGGACAGAGAUGCCGCGGUUGCUUCCCCAUGGACUGUGAAACCCGCCAUUGCUGCGCGGUUCGGCGUGAGUAGCAUCAUGCCCGAGGAGAUCCGCCUUGGUGUGGAGGCCGUGAAGAAGGGUGAGAUUGACAAGCGGAAGAAAGUGUGGGAAGACAAGGAGGGUCCGGCGCAGAAGAAGCGGAGGCAGAUAGCCGAAGACAAAGGUACGUUUGCGGACCAUCCUGCUCUGGAGACGCCAUGGAGUAAGGCGAUCGCUUUGGCAGUUGCGGAGCAGCGACAACGAGAGGAGCGCGAGAGAGCGCAGCAGAAGCAGCAGCAGCAGAAGGUCAAGGAGGAGAACGACCGUCUUGUGGCAGCAGAAAAGAAGAAAAAGAAACCUGUACGGUAUCCGACAGAGGACUUGGAUGUCGUGCUGGGCGACAAGGAGAAGAGGGCGGGCAUCAAGCUGAAGCGACCUGUGCCGAGCAAGCUCGCUAUGCCGUUCGGAGAGGACCAGAAGACCAACGCUAUGUUCCUCAUGUCGUGGAACUUCCUUGUCGUCUACGGUCAACCGCUACAUAUGUCUCCAUUCACGAUGGACGAGUUCGAGGGUGCAUUACGCCAUUCGAUGAUCGAGCCCUAUUGCCAACUGCUCGGCGAGAUUCAUUCGAUGCUCAUCUAUAACCUUCGCACUGUGCCGUUCAAUAGACAUAGCGCCAUCCUGUCGCUCAUGGAUUUGAAGGAGCAGAGGGGCGACGGCGAAUUGCUUGGGGUUACCAUUGAGCAGCUCACCGCCGCGAUGGCCGAUGUUGGGAACAACUGGGAGCGGGCACCCUUGCGGCACGCUGAGAAUCGAGAAGGCUGGGAGGAGUCCUUGGUUGGCUGCCUCAAAGACCACGCGAAUCUCGAGAACUUCCCUCGGCUUCGUGAGGUCUUGACCCGUCUUCUCUUUGCUCCAGACCAUUCCCAAGAUCCUUCCAGCUCGACCGCCCCAUCACCAGCUACUAGUCCCGCACCGCUACGUCUGACUACCCCGACAGCACCCGGUCAGCUAUACCACAAGCUACCGCCUAAGGACCGCGUCGCGAUCCUCGACUUCAUGUGCACACUCGCCGUAUCGAGCAAGGCCAUCCAUGCGCAUAUGGAGUUGUGCGAGGAACAGCUGACUGCGUUGCGGAAAGAAAAGAUCGAAGUUAACCGCACAAAGAAGCAGUAUCUCGAAGAGAUGGUAGCCCUUCAAGGCGAAACCGAGGGCGGCGCCAAUGGGAACGGCAAGUCUGAAGACGUCACAAUGCAGGACUCAUCCGAUCUCUCCGACAUCCCGAACUCGGACAACGAGUCUGCCCCUCCGUCCAAGGCGGUGUCCGCGCGACGCACUGCCGCGAAGGAGCGCGAGGCGGCCCGCGCGAAGGCGACGUCGCUCAAGGCCGCGCUGGCAGAACGCCGCCGGCUCGACGAGGAGGUGAACAAGCUCGAGCGCAAGCUGGAGGGCAUCGAGCGCGAGUUCCGCAAGCUCCUGGGCUCGAUCCGCGUCAAGCCGCUCGGGCGUGACCGGUUCUACAACCGCGUGUGGUGGUUCGACGGCAUGGGCGCCGCGUCCCUCAUCGGCGGCGGCGGCACGGUGCAGUACGGGACGGGGCGCAUCUUCGUGCAGGGCCCCAGCGAGUUCGACAGGGAGAUCCUCGACCGGCGCGAGGAGAACAUCGAGGAACGACGGCGGGUGGAGGAGGGCCCCGAGGGCAUGCUGGGCGCAAACGAGUGGGCAGUGUUCAACGACCUCGAGGAGGUGCAGGAGUUCGUGGCGUGGCUCAACCCUAAGGGCGUGCGGGAGCUGAACCUCAAGAAUCAGUUCACGAAGUGGUGGAACCACAUCGCCCCGGGGAUGCGGCGGCGCGCAGCGGACUUGAACGCGAACGCCAGGAUUCCCGAGGCUCGCCGGAGCACACGCAAGCGCCCCGACGCCGAGCUCCUCCGGGAGCCCUACAUGCAGUGGACGAACCGCAAGGCGGUAAACGGGUCUUGA